CUGCACAACAUUUGGGUUGCCAUUGUGUGUCCCCGCCAUAUUGUUGUCCUGUGUCUUUGACUGAGGUCCUCAGAUCUCUUUCCUCGGUAUCUGUGUCCCCUCUAUUGACUGCAGGAGUCGCAGGAGGUCAACUGGAUACCCGGUGACUGGAAAUGGUGCGUGCGCAGGCUGUAGGGAGGAGGCUACUACUGUAAGCGGAGGCGGCAGUGGGGAGGCGGCCUUCCAGGGCUGCUGUGUGUCUCAUCUGGCUCCCCUGGGCUGCGCUGCAUCCCUCUGGAUGGAGCCGGAUCAGCAGGAGUCACUGACCUUGGAGGAUGUGGCUGUGAAAUUCACCCUGGAAGAGUGGACUAUGCUGAAUGAAUCCCAGAAAGAGCUCUACAAAGAUGUGAUGCAGGACACCUUGAGGAACCUGUCCUGUAUAGGAAAUAAAUGGGAACACCAAAAUAUUGAAAACGAGUCUGAAAAUCUCUGGAGAAAACUAAGCAGUCAGUUGUUGGAGAGACUCUGUGAAUAUACCGAAGGUCAUCAGUGUGCAGAAGUCUUUAACUGGACUCCAGAGUGUGCUGUGAACCAGAAAUCACGUCCAGGAGUUUCCCCGUGUGAAAGCCAUGUCUAUGAAGAAGUGGUUAUUGGGCACUUAUCUGUGAAUGUCCCCCCUCAUCCCCUCCCAGGACACAAACCAUAUGACAUUCAGGAAGAUGGAGAAGAGCUGUAUGAACACCGAGAUUCUCGCGACACCUCCAAUUCUUCCACACCCCUUCAGAAGCAAAAAAGGAUGCACACUCAGGAGAAACCCGAAACUAGUCACCGUAAGGAAGACUCCAAAUGUCUCAUAUCCAGUCAGAAUGAUGAAAAGCCGUCCAGUGGACAACAGCACUAUGAAUGUAAGCAGUGUGGGAAAGCAUUCACCUCUUCCAGCUCUUUCCGAAGGCAUGAGGAAUAUCACAGCCGAGAAAAAUCUUAUGUGUGUAAGCAGUGUGGGAAAGCCUUCCCCUUUCCUAGUUCCCUCCAGAUACACGAAAGAAUUCACACCGGUGAGAAGCCCUACAUGUGUAAGCAGUGUGGGAAGACCUUUGCCCGUUCAAGUUCCCUUCUGACACAUGAGAGGAUUCACACCGGAGAAAAGCCCUACGUGUGCAAGCAGUGUGGGAAAGCCUUCACGGAUCGUAGUUCACUUCGAUUCCAUGAAAUGAUGCACAGCGGCGAGAAGCCGUACAAAUGUACCAAGUGCAGUAAGGCGUUUGCUUCCUCGGGUGCCUUCCGGAAACAUGAACGGACUCACACAGGAGAGCAGCUCUUCGUGUGCUUGCACUGUGAGAAAGUUUUUAGCUGUGAAAGUGCUUUUCGAACACAUAAGAUAAUUCAUUCUGGAGAAUGCGUGUGUAAGCAAUGUGGUAAAGCCUUCACUAGUCACAGUUCCGUUAAGUACCACGAAUUGAUGCACAGCGGAGAGAAGCCCUAUGUAUGUAAGCAGUGUGGGAAAACCUUUAGGUCUCCGAAGCAAGUUCAGAUUCAUAAGCGAACUCACACUGGAGAAAAACCUUAUGUCUGUAAGGAAUGCGGGAAAGCUUUCACUUUUCUCGGUUCCCUUCAAUACCACGAACUGAUUCAUACCGGUGAGAAGCCCUAUCUAUGUAAACAGUGUGGGAAGGCCUUCAGGUCUUCUCGUCAGGUUCAGAUACAUGAACGAACUCACACUGGGGAGAAACCAUAUGAGUGUAAGCAGUGUGGCAAAGCCUUCUUCUCUUUGUAUCAUUUAAGAAGGCAUGAAGUAAUUCACAGUGGCACGAACCCCUACGUUUGUAAACAGUGUGGGAAAGCCUUCAGUUGGUUCAGUACCUUUCACAGUCAUAAACAGACUCACACUGGCGAAAAACCCUAUUUAUGCAAGCAGUGCGGGAAAGCCUUCUGUAGCCGCAUAUCUUGGAGAAGACAUGAGAAAGCCCACACCACAGUGAAGCCCUAUGCGUGUGUGCAAUGUGGGAAAGCCUUUCGUUCUCCUAGCUAUCUCAAAAUACAUGAGAGAAUCCACACCGGGGAGAAGCCCUUUAUAUGCUCUCAGUGUGGGAAACCCUUCCGUUCUUUUCGUUAUGUCAAAUCCCAUGAAAGAAGCCACACUGGAGAGAAACCCUUUGUGUGUUCAGAAUGUGGGAAAGCCUUCAGUUAUUAUAGCUCUUUCCAUAGACAUAGAAGAACUCACCAGACAGUAACCUUGAACACAGAACUUGAAGAGACUUCAUAGCCCCCAUAAGACUGCAUGUGGAGAAAACCUCUGUAAAGGUUAAGCGAGUGAAACACCUACUGGUUCUACUCCUGGGUAAAGAAAACUUUAGGCCAGACAUGGUGUGGCACACCUUUAAUCCCAACACUUGAGAGGCGGAGGCAGGGAGUCUCAGAAUUCAGGGUCAAACUGAUCUACAUACUGAGUUCCCAGUCACCCAUGGCUACAUAUUGUGACUUUCAUAAAAGGAAAAAGCCAUGUUCGUAUGAAGAGCAAGUUUGACUGGAAGAGAUGUCUUCAUUUAGUACAUGUGCAUAUGCUUCCCCAGGAAAAUCUUUGCUUGGCAAAGCACAAUAAACUCAAGAGUAGCGAGUAGUGGCCCAGUCCUUUGACAAUUUUUCAUAUGUUCGGUCCCGUAAAUGUCAGCGAUGUAAAGGACUGGAUACAAUUUUUUGUUUAAGAAUGCUUUAGAAAGUACAAAAUCUGGAGAAAACUAUGUAAAUAUAUUGAACUUACUGGGAUUUAUUAGGGAUUUGUUUUUGUUUAUCAGAAAUAGUCUUGCCGAGUAACCCAGACUGGCCUUGAACCAAUUAUAAAUCUUCCUGUUCCAGCCUCUGCAUUGUGCGGGUGAGAAAUGUCUGCUUCCACAUCCAGCAUCAGUAGUUCAUACUCCCCCUACCGCUUUGAUUUCUCCAGACAUGGUUUCUCUGUGUCGUACUGGCCAUCCUAGAACCCUAGAUCAGGCUGGUCUUGAACUCAAGAGAUCCAUGCCUGUCUCUGCCACCCUAGUGCUUGGAUUAAAGGUGUGUGCCACUAC